UCUCUGAAGAUAAUCGAGAAACAGCAGCCACAGGCUUCAAAUCCACUGAAAAAUCUUUUCAUCCUAGCAAUACAUCUAGUAGAUAUUGCGAUUGAUACAAUGAUCCCAAAUCCAGGAUGCUAAGGACCAAUUCGUGCUGUCUGUUAUCGAUAGACGAUCUUUUGUCCGUCCCUAGAAGCAUGCAACGGACUUCAGCACUGUCCGGAGGUGAUACCAGGAGAAUAUCGCCACAAGAGAAACAGGCAGGAUGUCCUCUUGCUACUUCCUUACCGUCGUUACUACAGCUGCUGGGACGUGUCGCUCUGCAGAGCUCCACAAUCUUUCGUUCUUUGCAUGUUCCAAAGCUAUAAUGGCGUCUCAUCUCCUCUCCAGACAGGGAUAUGUGACUGGCUUGCAGCCGCCUCCCGGUGUUGUAUCAGACCCGACUCAUGCUGAAAAGGGACUAUGGAAGGCAAACAUUGCUAUACAAAGUAUAUGCCUGCCCAUAGUCACAACACUGGUAUUUAUCCGACUGUACACUAAAAGCAAGUGGAGAUUUCACCUUGACGAUGCGGCAUGUUUCCUGGGAUGGAUCGCCGCAGUCGCAUACUCUACGACUGCUCUCCUUAUGGCUAAGCAUGGCGCCGGUAUCCAUCAAUGGAACGUCUACGAACGAGAUAUCGUCCCAUACACUCGACUCGUCUACGUAACCAUGAUCAUAUACGGCCCUUGCGCUUUCUUGAUUAAGAGCUCAAUUCUCCUCUUUUGUGCAAGAAUUUUCCACCCACAUCGUAGCGCAUGCGUCAUCAUAUACACCUUCAUUGGCGUCAUGCUCGCAUACUAUGUACCUGUGCUCGUCAUCAAAGCUGUCAUAUGUCGACCGCUGAGUCACUUCUGGGAUCCUGCUUCUGCACCGGAUGCAAAGUGUUUCAAUCAGAGAGUGCUGAUCUUAUGUGAUAGUCUGAUGAGUAUCAUCACAGACUCUAUAAUACUUUUGCUCCCACUUCCCCUGGUGAGUAAACUUAAGGUGUCGUUUCGAGAAAAGAGCAAGAUUGCCAUCAUAUUUGGGGCUGGUGGACUCGCUACUGUGUGCGGUCUCAUGCGUAUGAUCGAUAUUUCGAGCAAUGGUAAAGAGUCAGAUACUACCUUUGUAUUCACGCGGAUAAAUCUCUGGGGAAUUGCCGAAGUAAACAUUGGCCUCAUUUGUGCGUGUUUACCUACGAUUCAGUACCUGCGGCGACGCUGCAGAGGGUGGCCGGUCUCGCACACAACCUCUCAUGGGCGGUCUCCCAACGACAUAUCAUCGACGCGUGAUUCUGCGCUGCAGUCACCGACGUAUGUAAUGGACAAUAUGGCUGCUUCAAAAGCAGUGUAUGUUAGGUCAGACUCUGUACCUUCGUCUUCACGUACAAGCACGAGCGUGACACCGGCACGGAGCCGUAGUAUGCUGUCGGUGAGAAAUCCGGAUCUGCCAAUGGAUGAGAAAUCAGAUCUAUCGCCUGCUUCGCCAGACCUCUCACAGCCACCAUCAGCAUCUUUACCAUUCCAGCCAGAGCGCACACUUCACCACCGUAGCUCCUCUAUCAGCACUCCACUGACCAGUAUCACAGAGACAAUCGUCCGUGGACCUAGUGUCGGGAGUAGCAGGAGCUAUAUCAAUCCGUUGAACGCCAGCUCAUCUAGUCUAGGACAAAGGCAGAUUGACGAGGUAGAGAUGGGCGCCGCAAUCGUGAAGACUGUUGAGGUCGAGCAGAUUGAGUCAGUGGCGGAGUGAGUGAGUGUAUACUGAAACCGAUAAUAUACUAACUGACCUUAGGGAACAAGCCUUCGAGCUUGAUAGUCCGCAGCUGAAUCCGACUGGAUGGUUCCGCUUUGGCAAUCAUUAGUCACAUUGUUCGUGCAUCUU